UUCAGUGACUGGCCUCGCUCCUCGUAUCAAGUCUGAGGUACCUUGGUCAACCAAAAGAGGCAAUCUCUCGGAGAAAGAUCAAAUCCUGAAAGGUAUGCUAAACAAACUGAUGCCAGAGAAAUUUGAUCUACUCAAGGGCCAGCUACUGGAUUCUGGAAUUUUCACUGCUGAUAUUUUGAAGGAUGUUAUAUCUCUGAUAUCUCGCAGAACUGAGAUGUUAAACUUUGCUGCGUCCUACAUCAAGAAGACCUAUGAUCCUAUGAUUGGUGCUGUGGAUUCUGAUGUGGAUUCUGAUCCAGUUAGAAAUGUCCAACAAAUUGGAGAGGUUUCAGCUCUCGAAAAGCUUACCCGUUAUGUUGAUGACAGAAGAGUUCCUGUCUAUUUUCUUGGAGGAUCAAGAGCAGUCAACGUUAUCCUUGGCAGAAACCUGGAUGACCAGUUCACUCGAGAAGCCUUUCAGUUUUGUUGUCCUGAUUCACACCCUUUUCUGCGUGAGUCCAAAAGAAGUCUGUGCCAAGAGCACCCAGGAUUUGAAAUCCAUGAAGGAAUGGAAGAUUAUGUUGAGUCAAAACUUUGGGAUCUUUAUAUAGAAUAUGAGAAUAUGCAGGAAUGGUAUGAUGAGAUAGUAGAGAAGAGAGAGCGGGGCUCUCCAACAAGCAACGUCUACCUGUGGGAAAGGAUUGACGAUGGAGUAGAAAUGUGUCGGACAAUAAGGCGUCAAAUUCGAGCUGCAGGUGGUGCAUCGCACGAUAUCCCCCCUCACCUGAUCAGGUGGGAUUAGAUGGGUCCCAGCUAUGUUUAGAGUGAAUCUAGCAAACUUAGUCCAAGAGAGUUGAGGGGAGCCGCUGAAAGACCUUUCAUGCAAAUACUGUAACUCUCUUCAAGUGCUACAAACAACGUCCUUGCAUGCUUGAUUAAAGUUCUCAACCAUUCCUGUGGUAACUGUUGGCUUACAGUUUCCCCCUAUCGUUAAUUAGCAUACAAUGUGCAAUCA